UAAGGUCAAAAAAGGUUGGUACAUUUUCAAGUAUCGGCAUCUGAAAUAUUGGCUAUGCACUUACUUGGUAUCGAAUUGUCACCGGAAUUGACAGUAUUGCCCACUUCCGGGUUUUUUGUCGAGGUGGGAGGGAGGUGGAUUUUUCCUGGUUUGACGACAAGCAGCCGCCAAAAUCAAACAUUUGUCAGCGGAGCGGCGACAAAGAUUCACCAUCCGGGGAACGUUUGUCAUCCAAAAUCAAGAUAUCGACUUGUUACAGGAUGGAAGCGCCGGGAGGUGUUCUAAGUCAGCUGUGUGCCCUGGAGGUGAAGGCGAGGAGCCGGAAAGCUCAACCCAGGCAGCGGAGUCGAGUGAAGGAGCUGAGGGCCCGAGUGGUGGCGCUGACUGCCCAGAGAGACCUGCUGAGGGCGGACAUCCAGGCACUCAAGGAUAUUCAGAAGCGCAGGACGCGGCUGGAAGAGCGAGGCGAUGGUGAUGAGGACGGAGCAGAGUCUGAGGAUCCCGAGAAGUCCCAACUUGUGCAGCUGAUGGCCAGGCAAACCCAACUGAAGGAGCUUCUGCACGCUCAUCACGUGAUCGGAGGCUAUGACGUUGUGCAAACCCGCCAGGGCAAAGGCAUGUGCGUGACGCUGACGACGGCCUACGAGGGCACGUACUUGGACUCGUUCAACCUGGAGAUAGAGCUGAAGCCGACGCUGAGGAUCAGUCGCCACAACGUGCCCCCGUUUAUUCCCCUGAGCAGCCUCGGUGACUUGCAGGCUGACAUCAGGGGCUUCCUGGACGCGCUCGGGACACAUUUGAACGCCUUCGCCGGACGCAAGCAUCAGCUGAGGCUUGUUAAGGAGCUGCACACGUCCGUCCAGGUGAUGGAGAGCAAUGUGUUGUGUUCCAUUCUGGUGCUGAUGCUGACCGUGCCCACAAAGACCACGGCCCUGCUCUGCUCCAUGGACUACACGGACCACGCAAGAUGUCUGCCCACACGCGUCCGCUUCCACUGCCAAGACGAGGAGCUUCCGGAUUCUCCCGAGUGGAAAAACAACACCAGCCUCCUCAUGGAGACUCCGGUCCACAAAGCUUUGGCCACCAUGAAGAUGAUGGGCCAUAUUGUUUAGUUAGCGCAGCCACCCAGUGCAUUGGUGAUAAUAAAAUAUUCUGUUGACUCCUCUAAAUAGGUUUCUCCAUCAGUUCCAUUUGG